UCUUUCCUCCUUUGUGACAUCACAUCCACUAACUAAACAGGGUGGUGUAGGGGAUUUACUGUAAAACAGAUGCUCUCCUGAUGGCCUACUCCUGAACAUUCCUGAGGACUCUCAUAAUCAGAGUGCUGCAACCCUCCUCAGCUCCCCUCCCACCACUUCCCUAAGAUAUCUCUGAGAUCCUAUCUUGAAACACUUUCGAGAAAAGAAGUUAUGAAGAUAAUCAUGAGGACCUUGAUUUGGUAGAAGUGAAUGGGUGAUACUGUAAUGGUUCAACUCUGCCAGAACACAGAUCCCAAAUGAUUAGCCCUUCAUAUUGACCAGCUCAGGAUAAGAAGCCAGAGCAUCUGGACCAAUAUUUCCAUAAUGGUGGCUUCAUAAUGACUGUGAUUAAAGGUCUGCUAUACAUGAGGAUCAUAUUUCUGCUACACUGGUUUGGGGUGUGUCUGUUCUUUUGUGGACACACCCAGGCUGAGCACCCCCAGUAUAAUAGUCCUCCAGAAGUGGUGAUUCCUUUGAGGAUACCUGGCACUGGCAGAGGCAUGAAGCCUUCAGGCUGGCUCUCUUACAGCCUACAUUUUGGGGGCAAAAGACACAUUGUCCAUAUAAAGGUCAAGAAGCAUUUGCUGUCCAGACACCUCCCAGUGUUCACCUAUACAGACCAGGGUGCUCUCCUUGAGGACCAACCUUUUGUUCAGAAUGACUGCUACUAUCAUGGUUAUGUGGAGGGAGACCCAGAAUCCCUGGUCGCCCUCAGUUACUGUUUUGGUGGUUUUCGAGGAUUGUUACAGAUAAAUGACAUUGCUUAUGAAAUUGAGCCCAUGACUUUUUCUACUAACUUUGAACAUCUGGUAUAUAAAAUGGAGAGUGAGGAAGCCCAAUUCCCAAUCAUGAACUCUGACUUUAUGCGAGAGAAAAUUGUACCCCAAUGGGAGUCUCAAGAGAUUAAUAAUUCCACUCAGAAACAAAGUUCUUAUAUGGGCUGGUGGCUCCAUAUGUUUGUUAUUGAAAUAGCAGUGGUGGUGGACCAUAGUUUAUAUCUUCAUAUAAAAAAGAACAUUUCAAAAUUUAAUGAAGACCUAUAUACUAUUGUAAAUAUAGUGGAUUCCAUUUAUGACGUCUUGGGUCUUAAAUUGUUAUUGUUUGGUUUGGAGUUCUGGACUGAAAAAAACUACAUUGAAGUAAAUGAUAUAAGGAGAUCUCUGAGAUAUUUUUGCCUUUGGAAAAAGGAAAACCUUGAUAUCCGCCUACCACAUGAUACUAUACAUCUUUUUAUAAAUAAGACAGUACGAGGAAUGAGUGGUUUAGGCUACGUUCAAGGACUGUGUCAAUCACACAUUAAUUGUGCAAUUGUUACUAAUGUAGAAAAAACCUUGGGCACUGUUGCAAUUGCAAUGGCUCAUCAUAUUGGUCAUAAUUUGGGUAUGAUUCACGAUACUGACUUUUGUACAUGUGCAGUGCCUAAAUGCAUAAUGCAUUUUUCAAACCCACCAAUAACUAAAUUUAGCAAUUGUAGUUAUUCUUAUUUUUGGAGAUAUUCUAUACACCAGGUAAAAUGUUUGUUCUACACUAUACACACAAAGGACAUAUUUUCACAGACACGUUGUGGGAAUGGUAUUGUUGAAGAUGAAGAGGAGUGUGACUGUGGACCUUUACAGAGUUGUGCAAAAGAUGCCUGCUGUCUGUCAAACUGCACUUUGAGCUUUGGGUCUACAUGUGCUUUUGGGCUUUGUUGCAAGGACUGCCAGUUAUUACCAUCAGGAAAAAUAUGUAGAAAGCAGGUCAAUGAAUGUGAUCUUCCAGAGUGGUGCGAUGGCAUAUCCCACAUGUGCCCAGAUGAUGUCUAUGUGGAGGAUGGAAUUCCUUGUAAUGAAAGUGCCUAUUGCUAUGAGAAGAACUGUAAUGACCGCAAUGAACAGUGUAAGCAGCUUUUUGGCCAAGAGGCAACGAGUGCAAGUCAGAGUUGCUACAAAAAAAUAAACACUCUUGGUGAUCGUUUUGGUAACUGUGGUCUCAAAAAUGCUGCAUAUAUAAAAUGUAAUAUCUCAGACAGCCUGUGUGGCAGAGUUCAGUGUAAGAAUGUGACAGAAAUUCCCACUCUGCACGAACAUUAUACUGUGCAUCAAUUUCACUCCAAUGACGGCAUCUGCUGGGGUAUUGACUACCACUCUGGGAUGCCCAUACCUGAUAUUGGUGAAGUGAAAGAUGGCACAGAGUGUGGCCCAGAACAUCUCUGCAUUGACAGGCAGUGUGUCCAUAUAUCUCGCUUGGAUAGUAGUUGUUCACCUAAGUUCUGUAACUUGAGGGGAAUUUGCAACAAUAAACAUCACUGCCAUUGCAACUAUUUGUGGGAUCCACCCAACUGCCUAGAACGGGGCAAUGGAGGUAGUGUUGAUAGUGGACCACCCCCGAAGAGAGAAAAAAUAAAGAGGGGUUACUUGUUAGCAUUCUCACUUCUUUGGUUGCUUCUCUUAUUAUGUUGUCUUAUUUGUCUUUGCAUGAAGAAAAAAUCAAAGGAAAAGGAAGCUGAAAGUGCAAAACAAACACAAACGUUUCCUUUAAAACAAGUGCAAAAGGUUCCUUCAAAACAGAUGCUAAAUGUUCCUACUCAACCUGAAAAACCAGCACAAAAUGUUCCUCCAAAACCAGAGAGUAAGGCUCCUUCAAGACAAGAGAGUAAGGCUCCUUCAAGACAAGAGAGUAAGGCUCCUUCAAGACAAGAGAGUAAGGCUCCUUCAAGACAAGAGAGUAAGCCUCCUUCAAGACAAGAGAGUAGGCCCCCUUCAAGACAAGAGAGUAGGGCUCCUUCAAGACAAGAGAGUAGGGCUCCUUCAAGACAAGAGAGUAGGGCUCCUUCAAGACAAGAGAGUAGGGCUCCUUCAAGACAAGAGAGUAAGGCUACUUUAAGACAAGAGAGUAGGGCUCCUUCAAGACAAGUGAGUAAGGUUUCGACUCAAUCUGCAAAACAACAAAAAGCUCAACCCUCAAAACCACCACAAAAACUUCAGAGUCAAGCUAGCCUAUCGCUUCAACAGGGUAAAGGUGGGAAACAAAGGCCAUCACUAGUAAAAAAUGUACCCAAAUAAGUAUGCAUUAAACAAGGUUCUUCCUGGAA